AUGAUAUUUUUUAAUGGACCUAAUAACGAACCUGUGCUUUGCAGAGCUUUCCCAACUUACCUUGACGGAGCUGCUUUACUUUGGUUUUCAAAAUUACUUGCAGGGUCAAUUUCUUCCUUCGAAGAGCUAGCAAGGUCUUUCAUCGACUACUUCGCUGCAGCACGGAUAUAUGUCCACGUAUCAGAUUAUCUCGGCACCAUCCGCCAAGGUCCCCAGGAAAGUCUGAAAGACUACCUGACCAGAUUCGCGGAAGCAACAAUGGAAAUAUCCGAUCUGGACCCCGCUGUCCACCUGCAUACCCUUAAGGCCGGCCUCCGACCUGGAAAGUUCAGAGAGACAAUCGCAAUCACCAAGCCAAAGACAUUAGAGGAGUUCCGGGAGAGAGCGGAUGGACAAAUGGAGAUCGAAGAACUACGUGAGGCCAACAAAACAGAAAGAAAACCUAGGAGGGAUGAAGACAGAAUGCCAAGGUCGGCUAACAACAAAGAGCUCGGCAAACCAUUCAAGCUCACCCCGAAAUUCGAUAACUACACCAGAUUCAACACAAGAAGGAAAAAGAUAAUCAAAGAAAUACUCAACGCCAAGAUCAUAAAACCACCAGCGAGAGCUGGGAGCUAUCAAGACCAGAGGUUUGUAGACAAAAGCAAGCACUUCCCUACUUACCUUGACGGAGCUGCUCUACUUUGGUUUUCAAAUUACCUGCAGGGUCAAUCUCUUCUUUUGAAGAGCUAG